AUGGGUGUUACCACAAUUAUUAUAAUUAUUGCUGUUGUUGCUAUUUUAUAUUUCUUUUUUUGUCACGGAAAACAGAAAAGCGCAUUUGUUCAAGAGAAUGCGGCAUCAUCAAGUUCCGAUUUCCAAGGCAACACUGCAACUGCAGCGAAUUCAAAAUAUUUAACUCCAACGAUGACACGAGAACGUUCCAUUCACAUUGGACCAACUUAA